AUGGCUUGCACAGACUCGCGUCGUGGACGCGUGGCAGCGCUACUCAAAUCAGCAACGGCCUAUGCUCGCCAACGGCAGCACCUGCUGCUCCGCCGCCGCCACCGCCUGAAAACACUGGGCUUAUCUGCAGCCAGCCAACUCAGUAUACUGCGGGCCUCAAUUGGUCUUCCCCGCCGAUUGCCCACCAUCGACCUUGAUGAUAACGAUGACUGGAGUAGUUCAACCAGCUCAACCAGCUCUGAAUCUUCAAGUUCAGACUCAGAUUCAAGUGUUGAUUCAUUUGAAUUGCGUAAUGAGCCACUACGAAUUCCUUGCCACCAGUGUCGCAUCCCGGGUGGAGUAUCCCGCAUACACCUUUGGGUACAAAGCCAGAUUGACGAGCUAUAUGCCCAGCGAUACAAUGUGCCCCGAACAUGUCUCAAAAAGUGGAAGCACAGCAACCGGGUCGCCUUCCGUGGGGAGCUUCGUAUCUGGCCAACCACAUUCGAUAAACUUCUCCGCAAGAUUGAGCACUAUCCUGUCUUCACAAAUAACUCGAAUUCACCUCAAACACCUGUCGAGCUGCAGCUUGCGGUUGCGCUCUACCAAUUUGGGCAUGAUGGAAAUGGUGCAUCUCUACAGUCUGUGUCAUGGUGGUCUGGGCUGGGCAAGGGAACAAUUCCACUAUGCACCCGUCGUGUCAUUACGUCCAUUCUGGGCAGCGGAAUGCUCGCAAAGACGUCGGGUUGUUGGGAAUGGCGAGAGGGGUGGUGUAUGGUUGACGGGACCCUAAUUCCGUUAGUGACAAUCCCGUCAUGGUAUGGACCUGGUUACUUCGACCGCAAGAUGAACUACUCAAUGAAUCUUCAAGUUGUAAACCUGCCCAACCUCCAGAUCAUUGAUAUUGGCUAUGGAUAUGUUGGCAGCACGCACGAUGCAACAGCCUGGACUGGAACUCGGGUUUAUCAGCAGCUUGAUCAGCUUCUCCUUCAUGGAGAGUUUAUCUGGGGUGAUGCUGCCUAUCCAAUCUCUCGGUGGCUGACAGCACCUUUCAAAAGCCCCGAACGCGAGGUUCCCGACAAUAUGAUCUUCAACAAUCAUGUCUCCUAUGUCCGUGUCAGAUCGGAGCACUGUAUUAGCUUUUUGAAGGGUCGACAACAGUCACUGAAAGGACUACGUCUCCACAUCACGAACAAAGCCGACCACAAAUACGCCACUCAGUGGAUCAUGGCUUGUGUAACGGUUCACAAUUUCGCACUUCUACAUGAGGCAAAACUGCGCGCUAAACGACCUGGCAACACUAACUAUACUGCUGCUGAAGACGACUUAUUCAUUCCCAAGCACAUACGUUGCAACCGUGGGCUAAAUGGAGCAGCCGCAGGAGCUGAUGCUAUCUCAAUUGAGCUUGAACAAACCUCAGCUGGCCAGCGUGCACGUCUUGCUGCAGGAAAAGCGAAAUGGAAUGAAUUAAAAGGUUAUUUACUCAAUGCAUUAGCUACACGUAGACAGCAACUUGGAUUUGACUAG